AUGACGAACUCGAAUAACAUCUUGCCCAACAACCAAUCGAUGGACCGAGAAUACACCUCUACCAAUAUUCUCAACCCUGCCACCCCGCCCUUCUAUCUUUCCGGGGCCAGCGAGAACUCUAGUGCGCACAUCUCCACCACUAUUCUCAACCCUGCCACCCCUCCCUUCUAUCCUUUCGCGACUAGCGGGAAUUCUGGUGCACCCGCCCCUACCACUUUCCUUAAUCCGGCCACCCCGCCCUUCACUCCUUCCCCGGAGUUCUUUUUUAGAAGACUCCAAGGGGAGAGUAUUGGCGAGGAUGACUGUGGUUUCCCGCAUUGUGGAGGGUUCUGUGAGCUUUAUGCCCGCAGCGCUGCCAGUCGCGACAAUAAUGGGGUUGGUCAGAAAGCGAGCUCUCCCGCCGUCCAAGACAUCGAGGAACUUGGUACAGAGUCUGGCUACGACGGCGGAAGCAGUUCUGAAGACGGGUUUCUAGGUGAUGAUGAUACAGACUCGGAAUAUUCUUCGAGUUAA